AUGACAUCUACCAAUAAAUCUACUAGAAACUCCAAGUCCUCGACAAAUAGUAGAGGCACAGUAGAUAAUAACGUCCAACCUGGUAGUACCAGUCAUGACGCAGGAGAAAGUGGCAUGGUCGAAAGCAUGCUUACAAGCGGACCUAACACUUCAUCAUCUAAUCAGCAACAACAGGCUGAUAGUGUAACCAGCCAAAACCUUUCGGGUGCUAAUACACAAACCCAAUCCCAAAGCGCUGGGACAAAAGAUUCAGAAAGUCAACCAAGUCAGCCCAGCCAUAUCACCGGUAUAUCUACCAACCAAGGCUCAAGUGGCGAUACUGCACCAGGGACAAUAGCCCACGACCUCACGGCGACUACAGCAGGGGAAACGACAACUUCCAAAAGCCCACGUAAAACGAUUACUAGUGCCACAACUCAAACAACUAAUCAGUCAAAAAGCAACACCGCAGAUAAACGCGGUAAUAAAGAUCCAUCCUUAGAUCAAGGAUACUUGUCAUUGCUAUCUAAUAACCCAGCAGAUCAGAUCUUAGGGAAAGAUACACAACCUAGUUUGAAUUGGCCCAGCUCAGGGAAAGAAACAUCAGCGGACGCUACACAACAACACAAGCAGACCUUACCAGACAUUGAUCUGAGCGAUGAGAAGGCUGUUUGGAAAAGAGCCCUUGAAUUGGCAUCUACCGGUAGAAUCGACGAAGCGACAAUGUAUUUCAGAUUACAUACUCAGUUACAAUCUCAGACUGAGAAAUCACCGUCAGCUACGUUCCCGAGACGCACACCGUCCCAAUCUACCGAUACACCUGCGACCACUAAAAAUCUAUCAACCUCAGCGAAAGUUGUAGUGGAAGGCGGCCUAUCUUUCAUCUCUGGAGCCAUAACCUCACACACCGACAUUGGUUUCACCCCAUACUUCGAUCGUAACCUGAAAGAAUUAAGAGGUCCGAUCCCACUAACGAUUUUUAACAAACAUUGGCAAGAACUAGCUAAUAGUUAUCACGUAGAAAAGAGAGUGAAAACCGACAACCUCAACAAAGAUCUGACGACUUAUACCGGAUACCCUUAUCCUCACGAAAUGACUCAGUCCUAUGCCACAUGGAAUGUUAACUAUCGUAACUUCGUCGCGGUGUUGAGAGACGUGUAUAAGUUCAAAACCUUUGCAAACUGGGCAGAGGCACAUCAAGCCAACGUUGAAUUCUAUCAUGAGAGAGAUAAUUGGAUGACGGCGUUUCGCUAUGAUAUCAAAAUCCGACUCAACGCUUUCGCCUUCAGAGUAACCGAAAACGGAACUACUGUGCCACCCGAUAUAUCUCAAAGACGAGAAGAUAUCGCAGCGAUAUGCUUCGCAGAAACCAGACGAUUAGACGAAGGAGCGUUCACUGACAACCCUUACGCCAAAGGUGGAGCUCGGUUUGGAUACGACUGGACCACCGGUUUACCCAGAUCCAACAAUAACAACUCGCAGCAUCAUAGUCUUAUCGGCAAUGCUACAGAGACCCAUCAUCCACAACAGUCAUCUAGCCACCACAACAGUCAUCCUUAUGGGAAUUAUGGAGGCAACAACAAAAGACACCAUAGCAAACAAGAGAACAAUGGCGGAGGUGGUAGAAUCAGAGGUGGUUACAAUGGAAAGAACUUCGACCCUAAUUACGCGGCAAAGAAAGCAGCGAAUGCUAGACCAACCCAACAGGGAAAUAGCACGUAA